UAAAAGAUAGAGACCCGCAUAAUGAUGACAAAUAUUUUGUCUGAGCAGAAAUAGGCAACGGGAAACAUUCGAUGUUUGGGUUUUGUCAUUGCUUGUUAAACGUAGAGGUGAAAACUUGUCACAAUUAUUGAUUGAAGAAUUUGAAAUUAUUUCUCUUGUUUGGAAAAAGAAUGCUUCGCAAUAUUCGCCCACGGGUUGCUUCUAUAAUGUUUUCAUUCUAUCGCACAAACGGGUCACAAGCAGGAGAAUGGGGUAGUGGUUCUGGAAAGGGUGGAGGUUCUGGUGGAUCUGUCAGGGAUGCUGGUGGUAGUUUUGGUAAGAUGGAAGCUGCAAGGGAAGAAGAAUAUUUUAGGAAACAACAAAAAGAGCAGCUUAAAUCUUUGAAAGGCCACCUUCAUGAAGAAAUAGAUCAUCAUGAAGAAGAAAUAGAAAGACUGCAAGAGGAAAUCAAACGACACAAGCAAAAGAUUUCUAAAUUGAACCAGGAAGAGAAGAAAAUAGAUAGUUAAACUUCAAAAUGAAAAUAAUCCAUUUUGUUACUUAUAAAUUUUUUGUUUGAUUUGUCUGCUAAUUACUAGAAAAUGAUCAAUAAGCAUUUAAAAACUUGUAUGUUGUUAAAGUAAUAUAACAAUAAUUUGUAAAUAAACUUUUAUUUACAGCA